AUGGAAGGCGUACGGCCUGGCGGGGGUCCUCCCGCGGGCGGGCCGGGUUCAGGCUCGGGGUCCGGGUCCGGGUCCGGGUCCAGCUCCUUUCCAUCACUCUUCCCGCCGGGGCUUCACGGUAUCUACGGCGAGUGCCGCCGCCUCUACCCCGACCAGCCCAACCCGCUCCAGGUCACCGCCAUCCUCAAGUACUGGUUGGGAGGACCUGACCCUCUGGACUACGUUAGCAUGUACAGAAACUUGGGAAACCCAGCGCUGAAUGUUCCUGAGCACUGGCACUACAUCAGCUUUGGGUUAAGUGACUUGUAUGGAGACAACAGAGUGCAUGAGUUUACAGGAACAGAUGGACCAAGUGGCUUUGGAUUUGAGCUGACAUUUCGACUAAAGAGAGAAACGGGGGAGUCGGCACCACCUACCUGGCCAGCAGAGCUAAUGCAAGGCUUAGCCAGAUAUGUCUUCCAGUCAGAAAACACCUUCUGCAGUGGUGACCAUGUAUCGUGGCACAGCCCUUUGGACAACAGUGAAUCUAGAAUCCAGCAUAUGUUACUGACAGAAGACCCUCAGAUGCAGCCAGUGCAGACUCCUUUUGGAGUUGUUACUUUCCUACAGAUUGUUGGUGUUUGUACCGAGGAAUUGCAUGCAGCUCAGCAGUGGAAUGGGCAAGGGAUCCUAGAACUGCUUCGAACUGUCCCAGUAGCUGGAGGCCCCUGGUUGAUAACAGAUAUGCGAAGAGGAGAGACAAUAUUUGAGAUUGACCCACAUCUGCAAGAGAGAGUUGACAAAGGGAUUGAGACAGAUGGCUCAAACCUGAGUGGAGUAAGUGCCAAAUGUGCCUGGGAUGACCUCAGCCGGCCCCCAGAGGAUGACGAAGACAGCAGGAGCAUUUGCAUUGGGACCCAGCCGCGGCGACUCUCCGGGAAAGAUACAGAGCAAAUCAGGGAGACUUUGCGGAGAGGGCUUGAGAUUAACAGCAAACCUGUUCUACCUCCGAUAAACGCACAAAGACAGAACGGGUUGAACCACGAUCGAGCACCGAGCCGUAAGGACAGUUUGGAAAGUGAGAGCUCAGCAGCUAUCAUUCCUCAUGAGCUAAUCCGCACGAGGCAGCUGGAGAGCGUACACCUGAAAUUUAACCAGGAGUCUGGAGCUCUCAUUCCCCUCUGUCUAAGGGGAAGGCUCUUACACGGACGGCACUUUACAUAUAAAAGUAUUACAGGGGACACAGCAAUCACGUUUGUAUCAACAGGAGUAGAAGGAGCCUUUGCUACAGAAGAGCACCCCUAUGCAGCACAUGGACCCUGGUUACAAAUCCUAUUGACUGAAGAGUUCGUAGAGAGAAUGCUGGAAGAUUUAGAAGAUCUGAAUUCUCCAGAGGAAUUUAAACUUCCAAAGGAGUACAGCUGGCCUGAAAAGAAACUGAAAGUUUCCAUCUUGCCAGAUGCCGUCUUCGACAACCCACUGCAUUAGAGCUGAAUUGCACCCUUGUAACAAGUGGGAGAGCCAAGUUACUGUCCAUUACCCAGUGACUCACAGGAUAAUUAAUGCAGUAAAAACUCUGCCUGCAAAUAAAAGAGUUCACUGCACAACCACUGCAAACAGAAGAGGAGCUACUCAGCACCAGCCCAGACCGAACUGAGCCCUUUCCUUUACCCUUCCCAAGGCUGAGCUCUCUGGGAACAGCCUGCGUAUGUGUGAGUGUGAGUGAGGAAU